AUGGCCCAGCUACAGGAUCUCAAGGAUGAGGCAUCGUCCAAGAGGCUGGCUCCUUUGAGUUCAGAGGAGUUGCAAGAGGCCAGGGAGAUUAGGAUCAAGGAGAUUAAGAUGGGCAAGAUAAUCCGUGAGAUUAUCUUUUAUCUUAUCUUUCUGAACCUCACUAUGCUCAUCUGCUUUGGAGAGCACGAUCCUGAUAUAUUCCACAUGCACAAGUCAAUGAGGAACAUGUUUGUACAGGCAGGAUACAAUGGACGUAUGCGUUUUACAAAGAUUCAUGGGAGAGAGGACUUUUGGAACUACACAGAGAACGUCUUCAUCCCAACGAUGUAUUCCAAUAGUUGGUAUAACGGUGAGCCUGACAUCCCUGGAAGAACGGAACAUUCACUGGCCGAUAAGAGCAUGCACCUAGUGGGAACAGCGAGGUUCAGACAGCUACGGAUUAAACAUGACAUCUGUGCGAUUCCUGAGACGAUGAUAAAUAAGACACAAGAUUGUCGAGCUCCGUACAGCAUCACUGAUGAGGAAGAUGUAGACUUUGAUGAAGGAUGGAAAGCAGUUAAUCAAUCAGCUAAACCUAAUUACAAGGUUCAACCGCUUGCCGUCUGGAAAUACCACAGCUGGUACAACAUUUCUUCCUUCCCGUACUUAGGCAAGCACGCCCUCUACAACGGUGGAGGGUACCUGGCAGACUUGGGCAUCAGCCCGGAGGAGAGCCUGCGAGUCGCAGCCUACCUGCGCGAGAACAUGUGGGUGGAUCAGUACACAAGGGCAGUGUUCAUGGAGUUUGUGGUGUACAAUGCCAACAUCAACAUGUACACCACAUCGUUCUUGCUGGUGGAGUUUUUACCACAGGGAGGUCAUCUACGCCCUCUUCAUUCUCUACUUCCUCAUCAGAGAGAUCCGUAA